GUGUGGGUGCUGCAUGGGAAUGAGGAUUCAUCAGCUUGGGUUCAAUCAACAUUUUUGCACAAACCUGGCCUACGAUCCGUACGACUUCGCGAUCAAUCUGGACGUCCUGAUGAACGACAGCAGCAUUUUCCAGAACUCCAUAUCGGCUAAGAACCCACCCCCCGUCUGUCUUCCGGUCCCGAUUCCGUACAUCCCGCUCAACGCCGAUAUCUGCAUCCGGUUGUUCGAUAUCUACACGCCGAGGCGCAAUCUUCACGCCUGCUUGGACAUCGAGGCCCGCGUUUGGCGCUACCCGUUGAUGAUCCUGCACUUUGACUGCAUGCGAAUGGGUCAGGAUGGAUUUACGCUACUCAAACCGGAAGAUGGCGAUGGAUUUGAAGCCUUGUAUCCGGAACUGCCCUCCGAACAGCAAGCAUCCGUGGACGUCUACGACGAAGUGGAAGGCAUUAAAAAGGGACUAACGAAUCGAAUUCAAUAAAUCAA